AUGGUCAUAUUAAGAUUUUUUUCCUCUGAAGCAUUCAGUGGUCAUAGAACUAAGGAAAUACUUGAGAAGUUAAAGAUUGUUGAUUCAGAUAUAGUGCAACUAUCUACUGAACUUUGUUACCAUGUGGAGCUCAAUGCAGGUUGUGACCUUAACAUUAAUCAAAUCAAAAUUCUAAAGUGGCUUUUGAGCUCACCACUUCAGCCUCAAGCUCUUAACUAUGAAUCUAUUUACAAGAAAGUACAAGGAAAUCAGAUUGUUAUUGAGAUUGGACCAAGAUUUAAUUUUUCUACAGCAGAUUCUAGUAACUCAGUGCAGAUUUGUGAAAGUGUUGGCUUGCAAGAUGUUAUCCGUCUGGAAGUUUCAACCAGAUAUCUUAUCACAUUCAGUAAGACCAAAAAUAUUACUGAAAAAAUGUUGGAAUCAUUGGCAGCACCGUUACAUGACAGGAUGACUCAAUGUAUUUACACAAAGGAGAAUCUACCUAGGAGUAGUUUUAAUGAAGGCCUGCCAAAGGAUUUGGAACCGUGGUUUGUGGUACCUCUUCAGAAAGAAGGCAGACCUGCAAUGGAAAGAGUAAACCAAAAGCUAGGCUUAGCUUUUGACUCUUGGGAUAUGGACUUCUAUACAGAUCUUUUUGUUAACAAAUUGAAACGUGACCCAACCAGUGUAGAAUUAUUUGACCUUGCCCAGAGUAACAGUGAGCAUUCACGUCAUUGGUUCUUCAAGGGAAAAAUACUUUUAGAUGGCAAGGAAAUAGAGGAGUCUCUAAUUGAUAUGGUGGCAUCAACUCAGAAGUCAUCAAAUAAUAACAAUGUUAUUAAAUUUGGUGAUAAUAGCAGUGCCAUCAAGGGUUUCAAACAUAUGAAACUAAGACCAACAAAUGUGAGAUACCCAUCUCAAGUGGUUAAAGAAGAGACAGAGUCGGAUAUUAUAUUUACAGCUGAGACACAUAACAUGCCAACUGCAGUAGCACCAUUCAGUGGUGCCACUACUGGAACAGGAGGACGUAUAAGGGAUGUACAGGGAGUGGGCCGUGGUGGUCAUACUGUUGCUGGUACAGCAGGAUACAGUGUGGGUAAUCUCCACAUACCUGGAUAUGAGUUACCAUGGGAGGAGAACUGGGAAUAUCCUAGCAAUUUUGCUAGUCCACUACAAAUUAUAAUUGAAGCUAGUAAUGGUGCUUCUGACUAUGGUAACAAGUUUGGAGAGCCAGUUAUCUCAGGAUUUGUUCAGUCUUAUGGGUUGAAGAAUGGAGACAAUGUAAGGGAGGAGUUUGUCAAACCGAUAAUGUUCAGCGGUGGUAUUGGAUAUAUGCCUCAUAACAUGAUUAAAAAGAAUAAACCUGAAAAAGGUAUGUUCCUGGUAAAAGUUGGAGGACCCGUUUACCGUAUUGGUGUAGGAGGCGGUGCUGCGUCUUCUGUAGCUGUCCAAGGUGGAGAUUCUCGUGAUCAUUUGGACUUUGGUGCAGUACAAAGAGGUGAUGCCGAAAUGGGAAAUCGACUGAACAGAGUGGUUAGAGGAUGUUUAGAAGCUGACAUUAAUCCUGUUGAAUCAAUCCACGACCAAGGCGCUGGUGGAAAUGGCAAUGUUCUUAAAGAACUCGUGGAACCUGAAGGGGCUGUGGUGUUUACUAAGGAAUUUCAAUUAGGAGAUCCCACGAUUACGACAUUGGAGCUCUGGGGUGCAGAGUAUCAAGAAAACGAUGCUCUACUUUGUUCCAAAGAAAAUCGCGCAACUCUCGAAGACAUCUGUCGACGUGAAAGGUGUCCAGUCUCUUUUGUUGGAGAAGUAACUGGAGAUGGCUAUAUGACUCUAGUUGAGGACUCGUAUACAAACAAAUAUCUGGAUAGAAACGAGAGACUGAAACCAGAUACCAAGUCAAAGUUGCCGUACGAUUUACAUUUGGAAGCUGUAUUAGGAAAUAUGCCAAGGAAAACCUUUGAUUUGGUGACUGAGAAGAGGACUAAAUUGCCACUGACAUUGCCACAGAAUGUCACUGUACACGAUGCCCUUGACAGGGUACUCAGACUUGUCAAUGUGGCUAGCAAGAGAUACCUGACCAACAAAGUAGACAGAUGUGUAACAGGUCUAGUAGCUCAGCAACAAUGUGUUGGUCCUCUACAUACGCCGUUGGCGGACUGUGCGAUUAUUGCAUUGUCAUACUACGACCUCGUCGGUUCCGCCACUUCUAUCGGCACACAGAACAUCAAGGGAUUAUUAGACCCUGCUGCUGGAGCUCGAAUGUCUCUGGGAGAGGCUAUCACUAAUUUAGUGUUCGCCGGAAUCUCAGAGCUGGAGGAUGUGAAAUGUUCAGGAAACUGGAUGUGGGCAGGCAAGACGGGAGUAGAAGGCGGCGCGCUCGUAGUGGCGUGUCGCGCCGUGUGCGACGCUAUGAGUACGCUGGGCGUGGCCGUGGACGGCGGCAAGGACUCGCUCUCCAUGUGCGCGCAUGUCGCGGGAAAGAAGGUAAAAUCACCUGGAACAUUAGUUGUGUCAACCUAUGCACCGUGUCCAGACAUAACAAUAAAAAUUGAGCCAGCUCUCACACAAGAAGGGUCAGCCCUUGUUUAUGUACCAGUCAGUCCUGGUAAAUACAGGCUCGGCGGUUCGGCUUUAGCACAAUGUUUUAAGCAGCUCGGUGAUACUCCAGCAGAUCUUGAUAACCCAGCGAUCCUGAAAUCUUUGUUCAAAGUUACUCAGAAAUUAUUAAAAGAAGGUGCUCUACUAUCCGGCCAUGAUAUCAGCGAGGGAGGUUUCAUAACAACAGUUAUUGAAAUGGCCAUUGCUGGCAUACGCGGAAUAAAUUUAGACUUCCAAGUAGAACAAAACGUGUCCCCCAUCCAAGCUCUUUUUAAUGAGGAGUUAGGAAUAAUACUUGAAGUUGGAUCAAGUAACCUAUCACGUGUUCUUAAGGACUACAAUCAAGGAGGAGUUCGAGCUAGACAAAUUGGAAGUGUUGGCAAAUAUGGCAUGAACUCUGAGGUAACAGUUAAAAUGAAUGGCGAAAAAGUGUUGGACACAAAAUUAAUUGAUGUUUUCCGAAUGUGGGAAGAAACAAGUUACCAGUUAGAACGUCUACAGGCCAACUCUGAAUGUGUUUCUCAAGAAUGGAAAGGACUUGAGAAACGUAAGGGUGUGACUUACAAAGUUACUUUUGACCCUACCUUAGCUGUCAUGAAAACAAAAUCCAUCAAAGUGGCUGUUCUUCGUGAGGAAGGUACAAAUGGUGAUAGGGAAAUGAUUGCGUCCUUAAUGAUGGCUAACUUCGAUGUGUUUGAUGUGACCAUGAGUGACUUGCAAAACAAGAGAAUUACAUUAGAUGCAUUCCAGGGCUUGGUCUUUCCGGGUGGAUUCAGUUACGCAGAUACAUUAGGCUCGGCAAAGGGUUGGGCAGCAGGCAUUAUGUUCUCAGAUUCUCUUAAUGCCCAAUUCUCUCACUUCAAGAAUAGAUCUGAUACAUUCUCUUUGGGUGUCUGUAAUGGUUGCCAACUGAUGGCACUUCUUGGAUGGAUUGAUCCUGUAGAUGCGAAGGGUGAUAAUAAGACUCAGAUAUUCCUUGACCACAAUCUUUCUGAGAGGUUUGAAUGUCGCUGGAGUGCAAUCAAGGUAAAUGAAGACAAGAGUAAUGUCUGGUUCAACGGUAUGAAGGAUAGCGUACUUGGCGUUUGGGUGGCACAUGGGGAAGGACGGUUCGCCGUCUCAGAAUCUCAUUUGCUGGAGAUCCUACAAAAGAAUGGACAGAUCGCCAUGCAAUAUGUGGACGACAAUGGAUCUCCUACUGAAGUUUAUCCUAUGAACCCUAAUGGCAGUUCAUUGGGUAUAGCAGGCGUGCGGUCUCAGGAUGGUCGACAUAUCGCCAUGAUGCCUCACCCCGAAAGGUGUGUCUUACGUUGGCAGUGUGCAGUACCUCCGGCUGUUCCAUCCACCAUUUCUGAUUCAAAUAGCCAAGCUUCACCAUGGCUCAGACUCUUCCAGAACGCCUAUUCAUGGGCUUCCAAACAUUAG